AAUAGAUAUAUACAGACCCCUGCAAUAGAAACCAAGACAUAAUAUAAACCUGCUACUACCAACACUACUAGAAGUGACAGAAGGUAUGAGUGUCACAGCUGCAAAAGCUCAAACUGAUCAACAACCAAUCACGACAGAAAACAGCAACCGAGGCCGCCAACCAGAAGAAACUGUCACAGAUUCAAACAGUGACACGCAUAAACAAAACUUUGAUUUGAAAGUUGAAAAUGGUGUGGUGAAAUACAAACUUCAGAAUGUAUCUGAAAUCCAACAGACCAGCAUGAAGGAUGAGAACAGCACUAAAAUCUGUUUGACUAUUAAGAGCCAUCGAGGAGGUUCACCUUCAGUGGAGAAAAAUGACCCAAAGCCAUUAACCACUGUACCAAUACAAGAAAAUGUGGUUUCACAUAAGGCAUGGUUAAAGAACUAUGAAGGGAAGUUAUGUGAGGAACAACGGCCGAGUACAAAGCGCCAACUGUCCGCUGAGAGUGCGGCGAAGUCAGUGAAUGUAAGAAAGAGAAGCACUGUGAAAAAGAGCCAAGAAGAGAUUGUGAAAGCCCUCUCAGUUGCCAGCCCUGGCACACAGUCUGGGAAACCUUAUCUACCUGCAGUCUCCUCCUCUCAGAGGAAACCCAGAAAAUUGCUGUUCUCCAGCACUGAUAUUUUCAACAAAGUAGACACAUUCUCAAUCCAAAAAGGAAGAGAGUUGAGGGAGCAGGAAGUAUUUGAUGCUCGGAAGAUUGCUCGUGCAGUCACUGAGGGGGGCAGAAAUGAUGUGGAAAAACUCAGGGCCAUAUGGAUCUGGCUGUGUCAUAAUAUUGAGUAUGAUUUGGAGGGAUACCUUGGUCUUUCUCAGAAGAUUUGCUCUUCUGAUGAGGUCAUCAGGACAGGAAAGGGUGUAUGUAGUGGAUACUCCAGACUGUGUGUGGAGAUGUGCAGGGAAGUGGGCAUUGAGUGUGUGGAGGUGAGCGGGUACAGCAAAGGCAUUGGAUACCAGGCUGGGCACAGUUUAGCUGAGAAGCGUUCCGAUCAUGAUUGGAAUGCUGUCUUCGUGGGGGGUCAGUGGUGGCUGCUUGAUGCUUGCUGGGGCGCUGGCACUGUGGAUAUGAAACGCAAAACAUUUGUGAAGAGGUAUGAUGACUUUUAUUUCCUGACUGAACCUAGUGAGUUCAUAAACUCACAUUUCCCUGAUGACCAGAUCUGGCAACUUCUUACCACUCCCAUCUCCAUAGAAGAGUUUGAAACAAGACCCUUGAAGACCUCAGCAUUUUAUCAGUUUGGAUUGACCCUGACACAACCCAAACAGUACAAAACAAUCACAGACGACGGAGAAGCAAUUGUGUCCGUGAGCUCCUCUAGACUGAUGACCUUUUCGUAUGAGAUGAGGCAGCGGGAUCCCCAGACAGGAGCUCUAAAGCAGGAGGAGGUUGACAGCUCCUGUGGUCUCAUGUCAGUGACUCGUCAAGGGAUGAAGUUGCGAUUACUGCCCCCAGAGCCUGGGGCCUAUGAAGUGAAGCUGUUUGCCCGGCGAGAGGGUGAACCUGGUGUUCUGCGGUGGAUUUGCUCUCUUGAACUGGAGUGCCCGAGUAUCCAGAAGAGGCAGGCCCUGCCUAAUAACCCCUACCUGAAUUGGGGCCUAGCAGCAGGGGCAUCAGCACUAGGUGUCAAGGGUUGCAGCAUCGCAGGAGAAGAGGCCAUAGAGGUGGGUGAGGGAGGUGAGUGCAAGGUGAUCCUACACACAUCAAGACCUCUGAUGAUGGUGUGCGAGCUCACGCACCAUGAGCUUGACGCCACUGCAGCCAAACGGUGCCUUGCGUCACAAAUCACAGCAGAGCAGCUGGUGUGUAACGUCAUGUGCCCGUACAAAGGAUUUUACCGGCUGUCUAUAUUCGUGCAAGAUUACGACAGUGGAAGUGGGACUUUUCAAAAUGCCGGGAACUACCUGCUGCACUAUCAAAACCGAGAACUGAACCCAAACGCAUUGUAUCCUCCAGACUUGGGCCCGUGGUGUGGGCCUGGGUUGCGUUCUCAAGAAGCCGGACUGUCCCAUUUCAGCCACACAGGGGCAAUAGUGAAUGCACCCCAAGGCCGGUGCAACAUUACCUUUCACUGCGCUUCACCAGACCUGCAAAUACAUGCGACACUCUGCACAGAGCUGCAUGAGCAGGCUCAUUUUCCUCUGUCCCGAUAUGUACUCUUGACAUUUACAGAUACAAGUAAGGUAACCGUGAGUGUGCAUGCUCCCAGAGCGGGAGUCUAUCGUCUUGGUAUUUAUGGACGCAAACCCCCUCAGCAGGACUAUAUGUCACUGUGUGACUUUAUAAUCAGGAGUGUGUGUGAAAAGACCGGAGACCCGUUUCCAUGUGUGUAUUCAGCAUGGGGAAGAGGGUGUGUGCUGCUGGAGCCCCGCACAGGUGUGCUGGCUCCCCAGAGUUCAGUGAGUUUUCGAGUGCGGGUACCAGGUGUGCAAAGAGUGUGUGUCGUGGGAGAGAAACGGACGGAUCUGAAGCUGAAUAAGAGCAGAGUUUGGGAAGGUGAGGCUGUCACUGGAAAUGCCACACAACUCAAGCUCGCUGCAGUCACUAAAGAAAGCAAUGACAUGCAUGUUUUAAUGACCUUUGAUGUCCUUAACCUGAAGAAUGAACUGUGAACAGAACAGACUUUUGUCUAGAGGACAAAAGGGCUAUGUUCACACUGCAGUUCAAUGUUGUUUACCAACACUGCAAAAAAUGUAUAAAUUAACUAAUAAUAUUUUGUAGAGAUAUGAAAACAUAUUUAAAACAAAAUAAAAUAACAUAAGACAAACUUUGUAAAAUAGAGUACAAAUCUUUCAAUUUAUUAUUUUUAAUUAAAAUAUUCAAUUAGUUUUAUGCCUGAAAGAAGAAAAUAAUGAUGAAUAUGUUUGCAUUAAAUCAUUAAUCUAAUGCAAAUCAGAUUAAUCAAAUGCAUUAAACUGUACUUUCUAUUCAUUACAAAAUCCUGAAAAAAAAAAAAAUCACAACUGAUCUUUCAGAAUGAAUUCUGAAGGAUCUUGUGAGACUGAAAGCUGCAAUAAUGGCUGCUGAAAAUUAAGCUAUGCCAUUACACUAAUAAAUUAAAUUUUAAAAUAUAUUCAAAUAGGAAAAAAAAAAAGUUGUGUAAUAACAUUGUACGUGUAGUGUAAUAUUAAUUUGAGCUGGUUAAUUUUAACAGGAACUGGGCACUUUGUCUUGCAUUGUGAACAUAGCCUAAAAAAGAAGGAAAGAACAGGACAAAAACAUAUGUAAGAAACAUAUCCAGGUCAAAGUGUGAUAAUAUCCACUCAUUUUUGAAAUAAGCUGUUUCUUAAUGACAUUUAUGUCACUGUAUGUAUGUGUGUGUGUACAUGUGUGAGUGUUAUAUUUGCAUGUUGACACAAAGAGUCUGUAUCCUCGACUGUUCUUAGGAACUGCAAGUAUCAGGGACAUAAAGUGACUACCAGAUUAAAGGUC